GGGUUAAAUGAAAUUACUUUUUCUUUGGGGGGUAAAAACGAAGUUUUGAGAAUCGGGGCUUAUCUUUUUUUAGAAUUGAGAGAAAAAGUAAAACUCAUCGACUCCGGCGACUUUACCAACAUUCCAGAUCGUCGGCGAACUCUGAAAGCAUUCAAAUGGCUAUGUACAUUCGUGUUAAGCGCAAUAAAACAACUUACUUUCUUCAAUGUGAUGCAACUGAGAAAAUUCUAGACAUUAAGCAAAAGCUGCAUGACUUAAUUGAUCAACCAAUUAAUGAUCAACGCCUAAUUUUAGUAGCAAGUGGAGAAGUUUUAGAUGAUUCCAAGACUUUAGCAGAUCAAAAGGUCGAAAAUGAUGCUGUUGUGGCACUUGUGUUGAGAAAAGAUGACAAUGAAUUUGAGGAUGUGAACAUUGUGAAACCGGAUGAUUUUUAUCAGUCACGUGAUGCGGAUACUACAAGCAAUUGGUAAAAGUAAAAAAGAAGCUUCUUUCAAAAAAAAAAUGAUGUCAAAUCGAUGGAAUUGUAAACGAUAUGUAAGCUUCGUUAUAUGAUUAUGUUUAUAUUAAGAUCCACAAGAAGUUUAUUGUUUUUAA